UGAGAAACCGAAGCCAAUUUAAAUUAUAUAAAUAGCUGGCAUAAUGAUGUUAAUAAUAAGUCGACCGCGUGGCUGAAGCUAGCUGAACUAUCCCACGUGGGGCACCCUCAGGCAUCCAUAUUCCCGCAAUAUGAUAAAUCCACGACAUCUCCAAUACCCUACACAAUCAAAACAACACAAUUAAACCUAACGAUUAUUAUUGCGUACAUACUAAAAAUGUCAUCCAUCCCCAAAGCCCGGCAAAGCACCUUUGCAGACAUCACAGUCACCCCCGAUAAAUGGGAGUCUUAUCCCGAAAUAUCACGAUCCACACUCAGCAAAAGCACCCUCAAAGACCUCAGCUCCGAAAACCGGAUUCAGCGAUCCGAGGUCUCCCACUCGGUGAUAGAAGAUCUACCCAAAAAGGGGAAAAUAAGAACUCAGCUGCGCCGCUCCAACAUCCAAAAUUCCCAUGUCCUCGCUUCCCAAAUCGAACGCUCAGAGCUCGACCAUUGUACUAUUCAAGACUCGUAUGUGAAAAGAAGCAAAUUGGCGCACUGCACGGCCCCCGCAAGGAAUAGGAUAGAGCGCAGUACGGCGCGGGCCACGAAAUUUAUGAGCUCGAAGCUUGUAGAGAAGUCGGAGCUUGAUGAUAGUGUGGUUCUCGGCGGAAGUACCCUCGAGUACUGUGUUGUGAAGAACUCGCUUAUCGCUGACGGCACGGUCUGUGAGCGCACUGAGUUGGAUAACGUCGCGAUUACGAGGAGUCGGGCAGAGCGAUCCAAGCUGACGGACUGCGAUGUCAUGGAUUGUAUUAUUGAAAGGACGGAUUUUCAGGGAAUGGUGCUGAAGUAUGGCAUAUGGAAGAAUGGCGAUCUCGUCGGACGCACGGCAAAGGAGGAAGUCGUCAUCAAGCCGAGACACAAGCCAAUGGAUUCGUCGCUUGUAGAGUUGCCGGCUGUUCAGUCAACGUCUUCUCCUUCUGACCAGAGAGAACCAGGGUGGAAGGCGGCAGAAGCGGCUCGCGAGAGACUGGGGAAUAGCAGUGGCCCCGACUAUGCAUCGUCCAGCGAAGAUGAGCCAUCGAGUGACGACGAAUUGAUAGAUCCAGGUCCCAAGUCAAGCCGUCGCAGGCCUAAUGCAAAUAGUUCAGCGCCCGUGAACAAAGAUAACGACCCGCCCCCGCCCUACGAGGCGUGAUGAUUGGACUGUUACAUUGCUGUAAUAAUAUGCACUUCUGUACAUACUGCAUCUAAUUAUCACAUAGCCUAUUAUUAUUCUGCAUCAACGUUGGUAAAC